AAAGAACCAAUAAAUGGACCCAGAUUAGUAUUGCUCUCUCUCUCUCCUGCACCAAAUUUCUCAUAUUGUGUUUCUCUGACUGAAUCCUAAUGGGACUAGAUUAAGAAUAUGUGAUCCACCAAGUUCUAUAUCUGACCCUGUCGUAACAUCGUGUGCUGCAUUUUUAAAUGGCAACUUCACCAAUACAGUUGGCUGUGCAUUCACGUUUGUUGAGCUAUGGAAGUACUGAGUCAACCAAGUUUGUUCCUGCACCUCCAGGUAACCGUGGAAAAAUAGUAUGCAGUCUAAGGAAGCUGGAAUUGGAAGACGUGAAUUUCUCUGGCAUACGUCGAAAAAAUGAUGAAGAAGUUUCUAUGAAAACACAUCGACUAAAAGCUCUAUCAGCAUCGGGAAUUUCACUUGUUCCAACUGUAAAAAGGGUUCCCACUUACCUUUUCAGGACAGAUAUUGGUGGUCAAGUGAAAGUCUUCGUGGAAAAGACAAAUGGAAAGUACGAAGUGCUUGUAGAAGUUUUCCCAUUGGAGCUCUCAGAUGCUCAUGCCAAGCUGGUUAUGGUGUGGGGCCUAUUUAGAUCUGAUGCUUCAUGCUUUAUGCCUCUAGAUCUAAACAGACGUGGAGCAGAUGGAAAAAGUAGUACUGUUGAAACACCAUUUGUGCAAGGACCUUCAGGAAAGGUUGCCGUUGAGCUGGAUUUUGAAGCAACUUUAGCCCCCUUCUAUAUCUCCUUCUAUAUGAAGUCACAACUAGUUUCUGACAUGCAAAGCUCAGAAAUCAGAAGCCACAGGAACACAAAUUUUGUUGUACCAGUUGGUCUCAGUUCAGGGCAUCCUGCUCCAUUGGGUAUUUCCUUUCAGCCAGAUGGAUCCAUGAAUUUCGCUCUCUUCUCACACAGUGCAAAAAGUGUAGUUUUAUGCUUGUAUGAUGACAUAUCAGUUGAAAAGCCUUCUUUAGAGAUUGAUCUAGAUCCUUAUAUCAAUCGAUCAGGUGAUAUUUGGCAUGCUGCUUUAGAUUGUUCUUUGCCAUUUAAGACUUAUGGUUAUAGAUGCAAGGCGGCUACUUCUGGGAAGGGGGAGCUGGUUCUUUUGGACCCAUAUGCUAAGGUUAUAAGGAGUGUUAUUCCUCGUCAGGGUGGGUCUGAGAUACAUCCAAAAUAUCUUGGAGAACUAUGCCAGGAACCUGGCUAUGAUUGGAGCGGUGAUGUCCCUCCUAGCUUACCUUUGGAGAAAUUAAUAAUUUACCGCUUAAAUGUGACUCAAUUUACAAAGGACAAGUCCAGUAAGUUGCCUGAUGACCUUGCUGGAACUUUCUCUGGCAUUAGCGAAAAAUGGCACCAUUUCAAAGAUCUUGGUGUAAAUGCAAUGUUACUGGAGCCAAUUUUCCCUUUCGAUGAACAGAAAGGACCCUAUUUUCCACGGCAUUUCUUUUCACCUGGAAAUAUGUAUGGACCUUCUGGUGACCCUCUUUCUGUCAUUAAAUCUAUGAAGGAUAUGGUUAAGAAAUUACAUGCUAAUGGGAUAGAGGUUUUUCUUGAAGUUGUUUUCACUCACACUGCAGAGGAUGCACCUUUGAUGCAUGUUGAUAACUCUUCGUAUUGCAUAAAAGGUGAUCAGGAUCUGAAUAUUCAAAAUGCAGUGAAUUGCAAUUACCCCAUUGUCCAACAAAUGAUUUUGGACUGUCUCCGUCACUGGGUAAUUGAGUUUCAUAUUGAUGGUUUUGUUUUUGUCAACGCUUCGUCCUUGUUGAGAGGGUUUCAUGGAGAGAUUCUAUCUCAUCCUCCGUUAGUCGAAGCUAUUGCCUUUGAUCCUAUACUUUCAAAGGUUAAGAUGAUUGCAGAUAAUUGGAACCCACUAGCCAAUGAUUCGAAGAAAAACUUAUUCCCUCACUGGAGGAGAUGGGCAGAGAUAAAUAUGAGAUUUUGUGAUGACAUUCGAGACUUCUUGAGAGGCGAGGGUCUUCUAAGCAAUCUAGCAACUCGACUUUGUGGAAGUGGGGAUAUCUUCGCAGGUGGACGAGGCCCUGCAUUCUCUUUUAAUUAUAUUGCCAGAAAUUCUGGACUUACACUUGUUGACAUGGUUAGCUUCAGUAGUAGUGAAGUGGCUUCAGAGUUAAGUUGGAACUGUGGGCAAGAAGGCGCUACGGCUAAUAACAUUGUCCUAGAAAGACGACUUAAACAAGUUCGUAACUUUCUGUUCAUAUUGUUCAUUUCUCUAGGUGUACCAGUACUUAACAUGGGAGAUGAGUGUGGUCAGUCUUCAGGAGGUUCCCCUGCAUAUGAUGCUCGAAAAUCUUUGGAUUGGAAUACUUUAAGAACUGGUUUUGGGAUUCAGAUUACCCAUUUUAUUUCAUUCUUGAGUAAUUUAAGAAUGAGAAGAAGUGAUCUUCUUCAAAAGAGAACCUUCUUGAAGGAAGAAAACAUUCAGUGGCAUGGGAGUGAUCAAUCUCUUCCGAAAUGGGAUGACCCGUCUAGCAAAUUCUUGGCUAUGACUUUGAAGGCCGAUGCUGAAGUAAGCCAGACAUCAGUCUCUGAUAUCGGAGGUGACCUGUUUGUUGCAUUCAAUGGUGCUGGUGAUUCAGAGAGUGUUAUCCUUCCACCACCUCCAACAGAUAUGGUAUGGCAUCGUCUCGUUGACACAGCCCUCCCUUUCCCCGGUUUUUUUGAUGAGAAGGGGACUCCAGUUGAAGAUGCAUUAGUUGCAUAUGAGAUGAAGUCUCACAGCUGUUUGCUGCUUGAAGCUCAGAAACUAGCUGAAAUAGAUUUUAGCAAGGGAAAAAAGCAUAUUAGACUUUCUUCUUAAGAGGCAAUAGUUUGUAAAGCCCUCAAGUAUACAGUAUAUAUAUUUAAAUAAGAAGCUCUUUUUGUUUUUUCUGAACAAAUAAGAGGGUUUUACUGUGAAAACUUGUAUCGAAACAUUUUCUGUUGCAGCUUGAAAUAUCUCAAUAGUUCUUAUGUAAAAGAUGUAAAGAUUAAUGC